AAGGCUUCAUGUAUCAAACUUAACCACAUGGGCCUGGAUAAAAUGACUGACCCUGUACAUGCAUCGAGAAACGAGAAAGCAGGGAAUCAGAAACCAAGCCUGCCGUAUGGCUGGAUUGUCCGUCAGUCAAGCACAUACCCAGACAGAGUUUACUUCUUCAACACCGUCACGGGGGCAUCGUCAUGGGAACCUCCAAUCCUGGUGAACCCUUCCAAGCAAAACGCUGCCCAACAAUUUCAGGGUCAAGCAGAACAGUCAAGCUUUCCGCAAGGUCAUCAAGAGCCCCAUCAUGGUCAAACACAAGGCAAAGAAAUUUUUCCAAGUUACUCAGAUGGUUUUCAGGGUCAUAUAGACAGUACUGACUUUCAUCAGUGUCAGCUACCUGAAAGUCACCAUGGCAACAACCAUCUAGGUUUUGCGGAAGAUGUGCACAAUGAGGACUGGACUGAUGGACCUCAUUUUUCUGGGGGAGAAGAGCAUGUAGUUCCACUUAGAGGUCAGUCGUCGCACGGUAGAAAUCAGUCAUUGCCUGGUAGAGGUCAACCAUUUUCUGGUAGAGGUCAGCCAGUACCUGCCAGAGGUCACCUUUUUCCUGGCAGAGGUCAUCCAUUAUCUGGUAGAGGUCAACCAUUGCCUGGUAGAGGUCAUCCAUUGUGUGGCAGAGGUCAUCCAUUAUCUGGUAGAGGUCAUCCAUUGCCUGGCAGUCACAUUGGUCCCGGUAGAGGUCCAGUGGGUGGUAGAGGACAGAUAUUGCCUGGGACUGGUCAGAAAGUACUUGGGAGGGGUCAACCCUAUCUGAGAAGUUUUCCUCAUGAGUCAGACAUUGGUCAUGAAGAAAACAACAAGGAUUGUUCCGUGAAAAACAGUUUUCCUGAUCUGCAAGGAAGGAGUGAAGAAGCCCGGGGUAGGUUUCAUGGACUAGGCAGAAGUCAACCCUUAUUAACCGGAGAGCGUCCAGUACAAGGUAGAGGUCAUCGAGUACGUGGCAAGGGUAAAAAAAAACGAAGGCAUAAUCCAUACAAAGGAAAAAGGGUUACUAGUGUAGAGAAACAGAAAGGGCAAGAUGUGCCGUCUGCAUUACGCAAUGUUUGGACUCAUCCUGAGUCAGAAGGAAAUGGCAAUCCUUCACAAUUAGAAGAAAAAAAUUUAGCGGAAAAUACAAGAUGUAUUCCCAGUGAAAGCGGUUAUUCUGUGGUUCCUGAAACAGAGUUUGAGGAUUGUGUACCCAAAUUUCCAGUUGAUGACGAUAUUCAUUUCAGAACAUUAGACUCACAGUUUAAUCAUUUAAGACCUCCUGAAUUUUCCGGAGAUGAGGAAGACGAAGUAUAUCAGUUAGUUCUGGAAAGUCCUACUCCAGUGGAUUUUGAUGGACACGGUCACAAUUUUGAGUCUUCUUUCUCCCCGGAGUGUAGGGAUUGGACAACUAGUCCGGUUCAAGACGUUCGAUUGGUUACUGCACAGGACCAAUUACAGUUGUCCAAAACGCCGGAUGCAUUUUGGGAAGAGUUGGACAGUGGAACGGUGAUGUCUGACAGGGCUGAAUCUGGUCUGACUAAGAAUCUGUGUAGAAAGUCAAAACGUGGGAAAAACUCUGUAUGGACUACACGGGAGCCAGACACGCAAAGACCGGGGGUAAAAUCCCGCCUAGGCACCAGAGAGCACUCUCAAAGUUAUAACCCUAACAAAGCCCAUGUCCGCCCUGAAAAUGCACGGAAAGAAGUUCUGGAGCGAUUUCGUGAUAGCCCUGUGCCCAAGUCACCUCCUUACUCUCCCCAGGUAUGUGUAGACCCUUCUAGAUUUUCAGGCAGAAAAGCAGAGCCAAGGCAAAAUAUACUCAAGGAAAAGUCUCCUGUGAAGAAAGACAAAAAGAGAAGGUCCGACGUUUCUGAUGAAGGAAAGUCUAAAAGGUCUAAAAAGUUUUAUGAGCAAGUGAAUAUAUCCAAAUCGCCUCCAAAGAUCUCUGAAGGAUCGGAGACGAAGUCUUUGUCUGAGAAAAAACUGACCAACGACCCAGUCAGAUGUAAACAGAAAGUUUCACAAUUCAAGUUAAGUGAGGAUAUUGUUCCUGCCAUACAAAUAUAUGACGCAAGCAGCCCGCCUUCUAGGAAAAACACCAGACCUCAAGCAAUUCCAAAAAAAGUCCGAUUAAAAAGGGGUUCUUUAGAAGAAGAAAAAAAUGAACCCCGGAACAAAAAUGCAGAUGUCCCUUGCUCAGCCAGUGAUCAGUUACUACUGUGCUCUGACCCGAUUUACAAUGACCCCUUGGAGAGAGGUCAUCUGAAAGAUCCCGAUAAACUCGCCAGUAUACAGUCGUGGGUGAACAAGAUAGAAGACACACCAGUCCCUUUCCCAAGCUCCUCCCCCGAUACGACUCGCUCGACUUUGUCAACAGGAAGUACUCUUAGCGACGACAAGUUCAAAAUCCCUUUGGAGGCGGGACCCGGGAAUGGAUUUUGCUCUGAAUCUCCUGCCAGUGCUUUGAUAAACAAAGAAUUCAGUGACAGUGGCUAUUCAACGUCAACAUGUACCCCUGUAACCAUGGUAACAGGAGUGUUGCUUGAAAACACACAGGAGAUGCAGGAGGUGGAAGGCAUGGAGGUGGAUGAGGCUGAUUUGCAGGUUGUUCGCUCAUCCAUACAAGCCAACCCUGAGCAGUAUUUUGGAGCGUUGACACAGACCUUCAGCAGCGCUGAUACCUCAGUGGACGUGUUUAGUCCAGACAAGUUCUGUCAGUUAUUCAUCGUCCUGGAUACUAAUGUAUUGAUGAGUCAGCUGGAUUUUGUGGAGGAGUUACGAGACAUGAAUCUUGAAGGUUUUGGACGACCUAUCCUAGUUAUCCCCUGGGUUGUUCUUCAAGAGCUGGAUGCCCUCAAGAACAAACAGCAGACCUUCCCAAAACUGACAUGGAAAACACAGAAUCAGGCCAGGGCUCCAGUACAGUUUCUCUACAAGUGUUUUGACAGCAAGCAUCCCCGGGUCAAAGGGCAGAGUUCAAAAGAGGCCAGUCAGGUGAAACAGGACAUGGACGUCAAAUGUAAUGACGACAGAGUCUUACUAUGCUGUCUCCAGUGGAAGGAGAAAAAUCCUGAAUCUCUGGUAGUGCUGUUCACAGAGGAUGUCAAUCUAGCCACUAAAGCCACUGUCUCAAACAUCAAAGUCUUCACCAGGAAGGUACAUGUAUUCCCACAUUUCUUCUCAAUGCUACUCAUUUGGGGAGUUGCAAGUUAG